AUUUAUUUAUUUCAUUGCUUCUUACAAGCUAACAGAUGAUACAUCCAAAACGCUUAUAAGAUUAAAAAUCGGCAGGUUUUACACAACCUCGUCAUUAUGUAGUUAAUAGCAGAAUUAUUUACACAUUACAUUAUCAGGAAUUUACAUUAUUGUCAUUCAUCACAUCACCUUCUGUUACGGCGCCUACGACUUUGUAACUAGCAAACCGCAAAUACGUGUACAAUUGCCAUUCCGAUAAUCAGGCGCCGCGCAACAAGUUAACGGUGCUAGAAAAGUAGCAAUUCAUUCUGUCAACGUCCGCUCCACUGUUCACAUAUUUUUUGAUUAUAAGUUUAAUUGCUAAAAAAGGGCUUUCAUUUGCUCCAUUGUGUACCUAAAUAUACACCUUCUUACACAUAUAAUAAACGUCAACGAUAGCAGGACCCUUAAGUAAGAUCGAUUGUCUAACCGCACUACUGUCAUUUUCAAAUUGCUUGUUUGUAGCGCGGGAACAGGUUCGUACAGGUUCGCCGCCGCCGUCAAGGCUACCUCAUCGCACCACGCGAAACAAGUUGCCAGCUCGCUUUACGCAUGACGGCUCCGUGUAGCAUCUACCUAUCUCUCUCUCUUUUAUGUAUAACGUAUCUUGUCGCACUCUUCUACGCCCGCAUCAAGGCCGGCGGCCGCUCGGUCUGCGCCACCGCCGCCGCCGGGCCGCGAGCGCAAGUUUUAGUCGAGUUAAGUCGAGUCACCGAGAGAGUCGCGAACGGUACAGACGCUAGUCUGUUGUUUUAUCCGUUUGAUUUUGUAUUUGUCCAUUAUUAUUUCUUUUGUUAUAAAGUAACACCUAAAUUGGUCACAGUUUUGUCAUUUAUUGCUUUUAAAACGAAAUACAGUGUUUACUAUAUUUUUACAAUCAACAAUUAGUUUUAUUUACUCACGCUAAAAAUGGCUGCCCAACGUCUGGCCGAACGUAAUUAGGUACUUAGGAUUUGUGUUGGACCUAGAUGAACCUAGAAGUGAAGUGUACCGUUGUAGGUAUUAGGCUUUAUGUCGCGAGAGUGCGUGCCGAAUUCUCACUCUAGUGUUGUGUAUUACCUAGGAUACCUAACGCCUAAGACUGUUGCUGUUCGUAAGACUUUAUUUAGUAUUAGUGCUGAGUUUAGGUCUUGUAAACUGUGUAAAUACAUUUGUGUGGACCUAAUAAGUUUUGUUGUUGACUGUAAGUUAUUGUUAAUAUAGUUUAGGACAUUAAAGACAUUGUUUUGUGUAUAGACUAUUGACUGUGUUUCGUUUUAUAACUGUGACCUGUGUUUUGUGACAUUUACGUGACUCUUAUUGACGAGUGAGCAUAUCGGUAGUUCGGUUGGUGUCUUGUGUGGUAGCCGUUUUGUUCAACCCGUGUUGGUUGUGCGGUACCACAUCGACGGAGCCCGCGGUUGGGUUGCUGUCGAGAUACCGACGCUGGAGCGCUGCGGCUGCGCUGCAUUGUGACUGCGCGCACCUUAGACCUCGCGCUGCCACCGCUGCCGUAAAGGGAAGUAAACCUUUUGUUUGUGCCUUCUUAUUACCGUCGGACUCAGGACUAUUUAGUGUUGUAAUUGUGUUUGGACAUUAUUUUUAUUAUUGUGGACUUGUAUUUGUUUUUUGUCACAAUAAUUACUUUUAUGGACACGUUGUAGUAGUGCGUUUUGUUAAAGACUUUUGAUUAUUAUGUUUUAUUGACUUUUGAACAUUAUUUAUUCAUUGUGUGUACUAUAGUCGGACCGUGAUAGUGCAUUUUAGACUAUAUUAUAUCGUGUUGCGUGUAAGCUUAAUUUCGUAAAAAUGGUGCUAACGAGAUCUCGCGCGAAUAGUCCCGGACAGCGUUCUGACUCGGCGCCUGCUGGCGCUGACGCUGCUCAGAGUGGCCAUGUGACGCCACCUGCGACUCAACAGCCUGUGUCACCCUCGGUGCAUGAGGCACCCACACAGCUGUUCUCGCCGUCGUCUACGUCUACCAUCACCAUGACGGAUUUUCAUCUACAACAGUUGAUAGCUGCGCUGCGAGUUCCGACCCCGCCCGCUACUGCAAACGCUAUGGGAGUUCACAACAAUAAUGCUAACUUCGCAAAAUGCACAGCUCGCUUCGACGGAGCUCAGAACUCCGACGUUGUUGCGUUCAUUGACGCAAUUGAAAUCUAUAAAGAAUGUGUCUCCAUCGAGGACAAUAUUGCGUUGCGUGGCCUUCCCAUGCUACUCACCGGGUUGGCUGGCACAUGGUGGCAGGGCGUCAAGCAUUCUGUGACGUCCUGGACAGAAGCAGUUAAUAUCUUACGUCAGACAUUUGGUCCCCGUCUUCCGCCUCAUAGGAUUUAUAGAGAAUUGUUCCGAGUGGAACAGUAUAAUGAGAAGACAGACGUAUUCGUCUGCAAAGCAAGAGCUCUGAUAGCUCAGCUGCCAGCUAAUACGCUUCCAGAGAACCCUGUCCAAUUGGACAUGGUCUAUGGCCUACUGCAUCGGCGAAUAAGAGAGAAGGUCUCCAGGCAAUCUUUCUCGUCUUUUUCGGAAUUACUAGAAAAAGCGCGCGCAGUAGAGGAUCUCCUGGAGGAGGGCCAUAAGACCACCACUCAAGGGCGACCCUUGGUAAUACCUGCUCCAACUGCACCCAAGUCAGUUGAGACUACUCGCUCACCUCCGAUGUCGUCUUCAACACCUACAAGUUCGAGUUCCUCAGACAAUACAACUACGAAGCAUAGACCUCGUUGUGGGUACUGUAAAAAGUUUGGCCACGACAAGGAGUCGUGUAAGAAAAUUCAGAUGAAGAACUCAACCCCACCAGGGCCUAGAGUAGAGACUGGACCUAAGCAGGCAGCACCUGUUGUAUGUUUUGGCUGUGGGGCUCCGGGCGUCAUCAGGUCGAAUUGUGGGACCUGCAAGAGAGGAGAUGAUUCAUCGACGACAACACCGUUCCAGUCGAUUUCUGCAGUGGGCACUGCGCCGAUUGAUGCGCGGCCCAUAGUCGACGUCAAGAUUUGUGGUUGUAGUGGUCGUGUUAUAGUAGACACUGGUGCUCAAUUGUCUAUAGCUAGUGAUAGCUUAAGAAAGGUUUUAGUAGCUAAAAAUGUUAAUUUAGUUAACACUUCUUUAGAUUGUAAGUUAGCUAAUGGCUCUGUUUGUAAGAAAAAGGUGGAAACUGUAUCUGUCGAUGUAGAGCUGCAAGGAGUCGUCAUACGGACGAUGUUUGUAGUUUUACCUGGUGCCACUGACUCUCUCUUAGGCAUGAAUUUCAUCCGAGACGCUGGGAUGGUACUUGACUUUUGCCGGAAUAGGUUUUCUUUAGGUCAUAGGUACUUCCCGUUGGACUUCGAGAAAGGCGUUUCUCCUGUAACUUAUUCUUUUGUAGCCCUUCGUGAGGAGGAGAGAACUAAGUUAUCUGCGUCGAGAAAAGAAGUCCUUUCGUCUUCAGCGAGGAGAAACAGCUUCACACAAGGGGGAGCGCCAACGGCUGUGGCGCUGCAUCACAUCGACAACGGGGGCAGAGCGCCAAGGGCAGUCCCCUCGUACAGGUUAAUUCCACAGAACACAAGAAUUGUUCGUGCAGAGCAUCGUACCAGCAUCGAACCGGGGAAGAAGAACGGCGUCGCCGGGUCUUUGGUUCCUGUGCUGCCUGUUCAGAAAAUAGAGGGAUCACGUGAUUUUUUACCUGUUUUUGCGGACACAUCUCAUCGUACGUCAGAUGUACUUCGUGAGGAGCAGCACGAUAUUCAGGAAACCACCCACUCCCCAGGUCAAGUAAGGAAACGUACUCCGCGUCGCUUAGGCCCAUUUAAGGUUAGCCGAGUAUUUUCUCCUACUAACUGUGAGAUAGUACACGGCCCGGUUCGAGGUAAGGGAAGGUACCAUACCGGCUUACUCACUCCAUGUGUAGGGGAGUCCGAACUGGCUGUUACCAGGGUAAGGAGUAGUCCUAAGUCACCACCGGGUCGGUCUAGUGACUUAGAGGGGGAGGAUGUAGCGCGGGAACAGGUUCGUACAGGUUCGCCGCCGCCGUCAAGGCUACCUCAUCGCACCACGCGAAACAAGUUGCCAGCUCGCUUUACGCAUGACGGCUCCGUGUAGCAUCUACCUAUCUCUCUCUCUUUUAUGUAUAACGUAUCUUGUCGCACUCUUCUACGCCCGCAUCAAGGCCGGCGGCCGCUCGGUCUGCGCCACCGCCGCCGCCGGGCCGCGAGCGCAAGUUUUAGUCGAGUUAAGUCGAGUCACCGAGAGAGUCGCGAACGGUACAGACGCUAGUCUGUUGUUUUAUCCGUUUGAUUUUGUAUUUGUCCAUUAUUAUUUCUUUUGUUAUAAAGUAACACCUAAAUUGGUCACAGUUUUGUCAUUUAUUGCUUUUAAAACGAAAUACAGUGUUUACUAUAUUUUUACAAUCAACAAUUAGUUUUAUUUACUCACGCUAAAUGUUUAAGAUUUUUAUCUUUCUGUAAAGCGUACAAGAGCCUACG